AUGGAGGCCCCGCUUGUGUGCCUGGAUGAGGAGUUUGAGGACCUCAGGCCCUGCCGGGUAGAGGACAUGCCCCUCAGCCGAACCCCUUACAGCACCGUCCCCCUGGCCCCCAUGGCCCCCCUGGUCCCCAUCACCCGUGAGGACUUCUCCGAACUGGAGAACUUCUCUGAGAUGAUGAGUUUCAAGUCCAUGGAGGACCUGGUCAACGAGUUUGACGAGAAGCUGAAUGUCUGUUUCCACAACUACAACACCAAGACGGAGGGCCUGGCCCCCGUGCGCAACCAGUCUCACACCGAGGAGGACGAGGAGCGGCUGCAGGAUGAAGAGUAA